AGGGCCGUCCAUUUAAUCAGUGGAGAGGAUCGUAUUUUAGUAAGCCGUUACUUCAGUGACGGACACCUGGAACUCAUUGGACCCACUUUUCAACCCAGACAAUAUAGUGAGCCCGGCGGUGCAAUGAAUACGAUGGGGCCCAGUCAAUUGCGGUCGUCCGGUCGGGUUCAAAGUUUUUGAAACGGCAAGGGAGGGCCGCUGUUGAUUCUGCCGAUUAAUGACGUGGCAGGACAAAAUUAAAGGAGCCAACGGCUCCUUGCAGGGAGUCGACCGUUUGUCACAUGACAUCCAUCGCAUCUCCUCACCAUCACACUGACGCUCCUCCCCAUUUCUACCUAAUCCCCCCACUUCUCUCUCGUUCUUCUCGUUUGACUCUGCAUUGGCAGUCUGCUCGCAGAGUUCCGUGGAGAGGGAUGGCGACAACGGCAACAACAGCAAGCAAGAUGGGGUUCACGGAGGAAGAGAUGGUCGUCGAUGAAGGCCUUGGCUACCCGAAGGCUUACGCGAAGCUUUGCAGGAGCCCCAGCGUGCUCAGCGCCUACGCCCAGGGACCCCCUUUUGCGUUCCUUCCUUACACCUUGCAGCCCCAGGAGGCUCUGAGAGCGAGGGACUGGAGUCAGAUGUUCCCGGUCACUGAUCCAGAGGCGAUUCCUUCUGCUAAUCCUAGAGGCUUCGUCAAUCUCCUUUGGAAGCAGCUUGACCAUCUUGGGAAUGCUGGAUUUGAUCCUGCAUUGUUUCGAGUAGACACAUACGGCAACGUUCUAUACCUGCAUGCGGAUUCGGCUUCGCCACUUGCGUGGGAUAUCGAUCACUGGUUUCCUUGUUCGAGAGGAGGAAGAACGGUUCCUAGCAAUCUAAGGCUGCUGCAAUGGCAAGUGUGGAAGAAGAAGCACAACAAGCUGGAGUUUCUCAUCCCAUGGUGGGAUCUCCAAUUGGGCAUCUCUGUGAACCAGUUCCUCUCGAUUUUUGCUUCUCGGAACUCGGAUUUCAGGAGUAGAGCAUUUUCUUUUCUGUUCUGCGAUGGAGGAAGCGAGGAGCUAAACGCACUGCAGGCUGUCGAAUCCCAUCAUUUUCCGCAGCAUUUCAUUGAGAUGGAGCGACAAGUUGGGCUUGGUCCUGCUGCCAUUGUCUCAUCAAGAAGAAGUUUUGAUGCAUCAGUGCUGAGACCCAUUGAUGCAAAUAGACAUCUGAGGCACAACUAUCCUCUGCUUGGUCAGUGCCCGUGCUUGCUGCUCCUAUCUCUCCUCUUCUUGCACAAAUCUGAUUCAAAGCUUAUGAUCAUUGCAGCUGCAAGGAAAUUUACCAGAGAAGAAGAAGAUGCUCAUAGCAUGGCAACACAUAGCUAUAAACCCCUUGUCUCCAAGGAAAACACUAACCCUGAUAUGGAUACUUGCGAUAGCAACCCUUAUUUGUCCAUAGCAAUGGCCAGAGACUCACUGAGGCAAAGAGAAGAGGCUAAGAAAAAACAAGCUGAGAUAAGUCGCUUGGAAGAUGAGCUGAACGAGUUGAAGCAGAAGAACGAAGAAGACCGGGUUGCUCUUCAGGAGCUGGAAACUCUUCUCGUCAAACGGAGACGAAGAGUCGAGAAAUGUCGGAGGCUCGCGGAGGCACAGUCUUCAUACAAGGCUUUACUGGAGAAGAUGAUUCGGGAUGCCAUGCACCAGAGCGUUGUCUACAAGGAGCAGGUUAGGCUGAACCAGACUGCAACAAGUGCUCUAAUGGCAAGAUUGGAGGCGCAGAGAGCACUGUGUGAUUCCUCAGAGAAAGAACUCCGUCGGAAAUUUAAGCAAAGAGAUGAGAUUGAGAAACAGAUAAGGCCUGUGUGGGAGCUAAGAAAAAGAUCACGUAUGGAUGAGACCCUUUUGGAGGAAGGGCGCAACGAAAGCAUUCGACUGUUAUGCACAAGGAGGACAAGGACUACUCCUCUAACGAAGGAGCUGAGGAAGUUUCUAGAGGAAGAGCAGAAGGCUUCUGAAGCAGGUCUAUCUCUUGGUGAAGAUGGAGGAGAAGAGACAGAGGAAAGUGCAACGACUGGCAGUUCACAAAAGGAGAAGCCUGCUGUUCCUCAGAGCCAGAAUAACGAGGAAGCAGAAGAGCAUAGAAGUGUGAUCGAUGAGAAGCUUAAGCAAUUAGCAACAAGUGACGGACAUUUGAGCCAGACUAGUGAAUCAGAGCAGCAAAGUUUCUUGCAUCGAGGCUCUCAAGAAGAAGCUGAAGAAAGAUACAAGGCAUCUGGAGCUGGGAAUGAUAUCAUGUUGCUCAAUGACAAGCCCAGGGACGUAGCAGCAGAAGAGAAAGUAAAGCCUCCUAUACUGAAGAUAAAGAUCCCAAAACCUCGAAGCCCACGCAAAGAAGAAGAAGAAGAAGAUGGUGAUGAUGGGAACAACAAUCAAAUCGGGAAACGAAAUGUAGAUAAAUGGCUCGAAAUCCUUUUGGAUGGCUUUGAGGAAGGCUCACCCCAAAAGAAGCCCGAUGCUCCAGAAGAUAACCAGGAUGAAUCUGUCUGCAAGAUGAACUCCGCUCACCCGCAUAAACAAAUCAAAUUCUUAAGGCUCAAACCAUUAGAAGAAAAAGCAGGUACUGCUCGAAACCCAAUCACUGAGCAAAAAACCAAUUCAAGCAAGAGCAGACAUGGCGAGGAUAGUAGUAAUGCCAGCAAAGAGGAGGUUACCGGAAGUAGGAAGAGCUUUGAGGUGAAGGAUCCAAGGUCUGAGAGCAGCAGGGGUUUUCGGUCACUGCCAUCAUCACCUUCAAUGAUACUGGGAAUGAGAAGGGGUGUGGACUGCAUAGGGAGGAAGCCUCAGGUGAUGGGUGAUGAUAACAAUGGCAACGAGAGUGUUGUAUCCACAAACAGCAGCAAGUUCAUCAAGUCCUGCAGCAGAGCAAUCAAGAGAGCCAUGAACAUAUAAGAUUGUGCCAUCCAAUCCAUGUCUCAGAAUUGUUUAUUCGUUUUACUUUCCUAUUUAUAAUUGUUUCGUUCAGUUUAUUUCCUAUCAAACCGCUAUUGGUUGGUUGUGUUGGAACUUUAUUGUGUAUUUUUGUUUAGUGAGUUAAUAGUGGAGGGUGGAUGGCUUUCUGAUAUGUAUGACUGCUUGUUGUAACGGAAUGAAUGUGGA